UUGAAGGGCUGGGCUGGGCGUAUCAGGUCAGAACACCCAGAACAGCCGAGGAGGUCAGACUAGCAGCAGGUGAAGACUCUCUGAGGGGCAAAGCAGACACCAUGGAGGACCAGCGAGACCUCAUCUCCAACCACGAGCAGCAGCCCAUGCUCGGAGGAAGCACAGCAUCCCAACGAAACUCCUGCAACCAGGGAGCCUUUUACACUGGCUUCUCCAUGCUGAUGGCCCUGCUCAUUGCUGGCCAAGCUGCGACCAUCUACUUUGUAUACCAGCAGCAGGGGAGACUGGACAAGCUCACCGUCACUUCCCAGAAUUUACAGCUCGAGUCUUUGAAGAUGAAGCUUCCCAAGAGUGCCAUGCCGGUGAGCAAACUUCGAAUGGCUACUCCCCUGCUCAUGAGGGAGCUGGAGCCUGAGAGCCUCCCAUCUAUGGACUUGACAAAGGUUGGAAAUAGUACCACGGACCAAGUGAAGUACCUGUUACAGCAGUCUGACCCCAGGAGAUCUUUCCCUGAUCUGACCAAGAGCUUUCAGGAGAACCUGAAGCACCUCAAGAGCAACAUGGAUCCUCAGAACUGGAAGAUUUUUGAAAGCUGGAUGCACCAGUGGCUUCUGUUUGAGAUGAGCAAGAAACCCAAGGAGGAGAAGACUGAGACUUAUCAGAAAGUUCUGACCAAGUGCCAGCUUGAGGCGAGCCGUGUUCCUCACGUCCACCCGGGCAUGUUCUGCCCCAAGUGCGACGAGAAUGGCAACUAUGAGCCUCUUCAGUGCCAUGGCAGCACUGGCUUUUGCUGGUGCGUCUACCCCAAUGGCACCGAGGUCCCCCACACCAAGAGCCGUGGUCGCCAUGAUUGCAGUGGUCCCUUGGAUACCGAGGAGCCAACAUCCUCUGGAAUGGGCAUUACUCAAGCAAUGAUCUAAGAGAAGGCAAGAACAGCAAAAGCUAAUGAAACCAGCCGAGGCCUGCAAACCAGUGACUGCCGCUUAUAUACUCUGAUUGACUUAUCCACCCCCCAGGAAUCAUCCAUCUUUCUGUCCCUUCCUUAUCUUCUUCCCCUGACCCUCUCACAAUCAGAAACCCACAUCCCACUUUUUCUGGGGCCCAGCUUCUCAAGAUUGAACCGCUAGCAAGGGGCAGAGUUGGGACCACCAACCUGCUCCUUUGAUCCAUGAUGGAGAAAUGAAUACAUCCCCCCCACAGGAGGUACCAGUCUCUACAUUUUGAGCUGGGGGGGGAGACAAUAAAGUUGAACAGAUCAACUUCCCUUCCCCAAUCUGAAAACCUGCCCCUUGUUCCACAACCUAGUCCUGUUUCUCUGUAACAGUGCACAGCAACAGCUAGCUCCUCUCCCACUCCAGCAUCCUCCAAGUAAGAGAGCUCUUCUCAUUUGCUAUCAUCUGCUUGUAAGAAACUGAAGUUUCACAUUAAAAUAACAUAAGGUAGGAAA